AUGUCUUUUAUUGAUCCGGAUAAUACAAUUUUUCCAACUAUUCGAAAUUUUGAACAAAAACUUCAAAAUGAUCUCAAUAUACAAAAAGUGAAUACACUUUUAAAAUAUUUAUUUGUUUGUACCAAUAAAAAUUUUCCUAUUGAGAAAAAAGAAUUUGAAUUAGAAUAUUCUAUUACCGAUGAAAAAUGGAAGAAAGAACCUGAGUUAAAUGAUAUUAGAAAUAAUCUUUCUCAAAUCUCUGAGCAUUGUAAAGAAUUUAAAGAAAAACAAAUUUUUGAGAAAUCCGUUGAAUUAUUUCAAGAUAUUAUUAAUUUAUGUAAAGAAUUUAAGAAAGAUAAUACAGAUGAGGAUAAUGAUUAUAAUCAAGUAAUAAAGAUUAUAAAGAAUUGGGAAGAAGAUUAUAAACAAAAUAUUAAUGAUAUUAUUCAAAAGCAUCAAACUAAUGAAGAUUGGGAAGUUAAAUUGAGAAUGACAAAAAAAAAAUUUCCAGAAGAAUUGUUAAAAGUCAUUAAAGAAAUCACGGAAAUCCUUCCCGAAACUAUACAAGUCCUUUAUACUAUGACAAGAGACUUAAAAACCAUAGCGAAACAUCUAAAAGCCUUAAAUGAAAUAUUUAUCAAAUUCGGUGAUAAAAGAGGACCAAUUUCGAUCAAAAAAAUUUACUUGGAAGAUAUUAAAAGUAGAUUAUGUAAUUUGAAUGAAUUGGCGUCUGAUUAUUUUGAUUUUGUUAUCGUUGCCCAACAACAAGAAAAAACGCAAGACCGAAAACAACAAUAA